AAAGACACCUAAAUUCCAAUCCAAUUAUAAUAGUACAAGAUACAAAACAUUCAUAGCCACCGACAAGAGAAACCUACCAAGACAAGGAGUACUACAUUAAAGACACCACUGCCUCAUCUCUCUCUCUCUCUCUCUCUCUCUCUCUCUCAAAGGUCAUGGAGGACGCCAUAGUUCUAUACCCAUCUCCGGCCAUUGGCCACCUUAUAGCCAUGGUAGAGCUUGGAAAACUUUUACUGACCCAGUAUCCUUCUUUGUCUGUCAAGAUCCUCAUCACCACACCACCCUACGAUACAGGCUCCACUGCUCCUUACAUAAACAGUGUCUCCGCAACCAAUAAUUCCAUCACCUUCCACCGCCUCCCCACCAUCUCUCUCCCUCCCUCCGUCUCUCCCCUCCGCGAAACCCUAUCCUUUGAACUCCACCGUCUCAACAACCCUCAUGUCCACCAGGCUCUCGUAUCCAUCUCCAAGACUUCCGCGGUUCGUGCCAUUUUCAUCGACUUCUUUUGCACUCCGGCUCUGUCCGUUGCCGCCGAGUUGAACGUCCCCGCGUACUUCUUCAUGACUCCUAGUGCUUCUAACCUCGCUGCCUUCUUCUACCUCCCUUUCAUCCAUCGGAACACCACCAAAAGUUUGAAAGAUCUUGACAUUAAUCUUGACAUCCCGGGCUUGCCACCUAUACCGGCCGGCGACAUGCCGAAUCCAAUACUCGAUCGGAAUGAUAAAGCCUAUGAGUGCUUCUUCAAUGUAUCAACCCAGCUCCCAAAAUCAGCCGGAAUUAUUGUUAACACGUACGAGUUACUCGAGCCAAGAGUGGUCAAAGCAAUAUCGGACGGUCUUUGCGUGCCUGAUGGACGUACGCCACCACUUUACUGUAUUGGACCAUUAAUUGCAAGUGAUGAUCAAACCGGUGGAAAUGUUGGCUCCCACGCUUGUUUAACGUGGUUGAACUCACAACCGAGUCGAAGUGUUGUGUUUCUCUGCUUCGGUAGCCGGGGGUUGUUUUCAACGGAGCAGUUGAAGGAGAUAGCUACAGGGUUGGAGAGAAGUGGGCAGAGAUUCCUAUGGGUUGUCAGGAGUCCUCCGUCCGAGGACCAAACCAAGCGAUUCUUGGCACCACCUGAGCCUGACUUGAACGUUUUACUGCCUGAAGGUUUCUUGGAGAGCACUAAAGAGAGGGGACUUGUGGUGAAGUCAUGGGCUCCCCAGGUGUCCGUGUUGAAUCACGGCUCGGUGGGUGGGUUCGUGACUCACUGUGGGUGGAACUCGGUGCUGGAAGCAAUAUGUGCGGGUGUGCCAAUGGUGGCUUGGCCGCUCUAUGCGGAGCAGAGGUUUAAUAGGGUGCUUAUGGUUAAGGAGCUGAAUGUGGCUUUGCCAAUGAAGGAAUCACUGGAAGACAGGUUUGUGAGCGCAGCCGAGGUGGAGAAGCGAGUUAAAGAAUUAAUGGACUCAGAAGAAGGAAACUCCGUGAGGAUGCAGGUCUUGAAAACGAAGGCUGCUGCAAUAGCGGCAAUGAGCGAGGGCGGGUCAUCUAGAGUUGCCUUGUCAAAUUUGGUUGAGUCAUGGACCAGAGGCUGAGACAACCCAACCGACUUCAUGGCUUGGUUAUUAGUUCAGUGUGUGUUCGCAAUACAACUGAACAAUAAAGUUGAACUACCAAGACUCCGUCUUUAGGUAGUCGAACCUGGGGGGGCCUGCUGCAUGUGCACCUUCCAGGCCGUCCAUUCGGCCAUCUAAUGGUCCAGACAUGUAAGUCACAUGUGAAGUAGUUUUCAAAUAAUUUGCUUCUUGUUUUUGAUUUUUUGUUUAUGUGCAUGUUUCUGAUAAUUUGUCUUUGCUUCUUCUGUUCCAUGUCUCAAAAAAAAAAAAAAAUACUGUAUUAAGUUCCAACUGGCACAAUAAUGUCACUGUUAAAUAAUUAUUUAUGCACAGUAAUGUAUUGAUCUCUCGUUCGUUUUUCUUA